AUGACAUUUGUAUGGCUGUUGUGUUUGACAUCGCUGUGUAUGACUUUACAUCUGGGCACAUCCUCAGCAAUUAAAAUACAGACUUACAAUGCUGGCUUACUUAGCCAAAUAGACAACUAUGAUGACCGGAAACCAAACAUCAUCCGGGCACUGCAAUCCGCAGAUUAUGACGUCAUGUGUCUUCAAGAGGUGUGGUUCGGAGAUGAUGUAGGUAUGCUGAAGAGGGAGUUGGACAGAAGCGUUUAUAUCUACACACCGCCUUUGUACCAGGAGAAGAUGUUUUGGGGAACAAUAAACGCUCCCCCUUGUCACAACGCACCACUGACAGUAGCCUGUUCAGUGUUUAACUGUGCAGAUCUGGUCAACAACAUCCCUGCGUUCGUAAACUGUAGUGUUGAUUGUGGACUUAUGUCAGAGAGUCAGGAAUGCAUUUCUUGUCUAGCUUUUACUGGUUUAGAUAUGAUGUUACGCUGCUUUAACUACUACAGGAGAGAAUCAAUCAAUGCCCCUGGUGUGGUUCUUUUGAGUAAGAGGAAGGUGACAUCCGCCAAAACGGUGUUCUUUGAACCCAACGUGAAACAGAUCAUCAAACGGGCGUAUAUCGAGGCAGAAAUUGAAGAUGUGGGGACGGUCUUUUGCAGCCAUUCUACUUCCAAUGCAAACACGAAGUACUAUGAACCCAACCUCCGUGACGUGUACAAAAGUUGGAGAGAACAAAAUCUCGCUGACUCUCGUAAACUAACGGAGGCAGCAAGUAUGUUUGACAAACCCCUCAUCAUUGGGGAUCUUAAUACCAGUCCCGACGUACCUGCGUACAACGUCACCGCCGACCUCGAAGAUUCCUACAAUCAUUUCCUGUCCGAGGGUUUUGUGUCGCCGUACGUUACCAUGGUGGGAAAAUGUACUUUUUGUCUUCAAAAUCCUCUUGUUAUUGACUGGAAUUACAAUAACGUACUAGAUCACGUGAUGGUACGAAAUCACACCGUUCUCAGUGCCAAGAGAUUCUAUGACCAGAACACUCCGGGCCAGGAUAUCCCGAUGUCGGAUCACUAUGGAGUGGAGGUCGAAAUUGAAAACUGA